AUGACGGUUUUGUUGGGUGGCUUAAUUAAUAAGGUGGCGCUUAGAAUACAGAAAAAUAUAAGGGACUGCACCAGAAGUGUAUCUCGCAAGUGUCAAAGAACGAACUUCACCGCAGAGCUAAAAGCUAUGAAGAGGAAGUUGGAGGAAAAUGAGGAUAGUACAAAUACAAUAAAAGAAGAAGGUACAGAUAGGGUCUCGAAUACGGUAUCGAUUAUUCCAGAAGAGUUUAGGGAAAAGCAUAUCAAGGAAUUUGGUGAUGCCUGUGACCACAUCUUAAAAAUUGACGGAGAUUUACUAGAUGCAAUUACUCAGAAUGAUUUUCCGUUGUUUUUAAAGAAGGAUCAAGUACCUAAAGACACGGAUCAUUAUUUUACCAAAUUAGCAAGUGCCAUUCUAGCACAACAGAUAAGUGGGGCCGCUGCCAAGAGUAUCAAAAAACGAUUUAUGGACCAUUUUGGUGGCGAGUUUCCAUCCGCUAUGGAUGUACAUCAUGAACUUUCUGAUACGGAACGGCGACAGGAAAUAAGGGCUUGUGGGUUGAGUGGUCGAAAAAUGAUUUAUUUAGAAUCGUUAACAGAUUAUUUUGUCAACCACGCGGAAGAGAUCCUUUCCUUGUUCGAAACCAAGGGGAACGAUGACGAAGUUAUUCAGGAGCUGACUGAAAAUAUCAAAGGCAUUGGUAAAUGGUCUGCAAAGAUGUUUUUAGUGACGGGCCUGGAAAGAAUGGAUAUUUUCGCUUCGGAAGAUCUAGGAAUUGCUCGAGGUUGCUCCAACUACUUGGGAACGAGGCCAUGGCUGGUAAAAGAAUUAAUAAAAAAUAGAAUUAGUGUCAAAAGAAGUAAAAUAAAACAUAAAAAACUUAAUUGGAAAAUUUAUGACGAUGAUCUCGUGGAGGCAUGUGCCGAUCGUUUUUCACCAUACAGGACAGUUCUCAUGUUCAUUCUUUGGCGUUUAUCGAGCACCAAUGUGGAUGCAAUGGCAAAAAAUGAGGCGGAUUUCAGUAAUAAAUAA